CAUUGAAAUUCUGUAUUAGUGUUGCUAGAUUCUUAACUACAGCUAGACAGCAAGUUGAUAUACAAAAAGAAGACUAGAAAAACGUUUGACAUAUGAAAAAAUGUAAAUUCAAUAAAAAGGAAGAUGAUAAACUCGAAAUUACACAAUGAAACACACGAUAUCUACCUUCGUAACACCAUAACACACAGUUCAUGUGAUUUUUAGAUUGGCAAUUUGGGGCUAUCUAUGCAGGGGGCAAUCGAAACAAGUGGGGGUAUGAAUAAUGUCAGUCAAAAUUGAAAAUAGUUGCUAGAAACGGUUAUAGCUAAAAUAAUGAGAAAAUACUUCUAGCGAAUAUUCAUAAUUAAAGUUAUAGCAGUUGUGGUUAUUCAGUUAUGAAUCCACGUCAUUGUCAUGUCACUUGAUUCAGCGUGAAUCUAACAGCUGAGCUUUUUUGUCCCGAAAGCAGCAAGGAUUGUCAGCUGCUUUCCAGGGUCUUUUUAAUGUGCAGUUCUAAAAACUUGCUGCUUUGCAAUGAUAACAAUGUUAAAAAAUAAAAAGUUUCUUAGAGAUUUUGUCCUUAGUACUUAUGGCUUUUUCCUUCUACCUGCCUUUUACAUGAGGUUGUUUAUAAAAAAAAUUGUGAUCCAUACAUGGAGAUCCAUCCCUACAUGUCCUUUAAGUGAGGCAGUAGCGAAAUAGAGGCUCAGAGAAGAAGGUAAAGUAAGAGCAUUCCGAACCUUCACGUGUAAAAUAACAAAAUGGGAAAGUCGAAUAAACAAAAGAAGAAGAAAAAGGAAGCGGACUUUGUGAAGCCAAAAUUGAAAGUCGGAAAGAAGAAACCAACUGCAGCCAAUGCUACAAGCAUUGCUUUCAAAUCAUCCGCCAUAAAUGUACUAGCUCAACUUGAGGAGAAGGCUGAACCAACAAAUCGAAGGAAUUUAAGUUUGAAGGACCUAUUAACCCAACUGACACAUUACAAUGAUAACACAAGGAAAGAUGCAACUCAAGCACUGAAAGAUUUCUUCAUCCAGUAUCCAAUGUCAUUACAUCAAAACCUCAGCUUGAUUAUUCCAAAACUUCUUAGCAAAGCUGUAGACGCUCAUUUUGGAGUGAGAAAAGGUUUCUUGACUUGCCUAGAACAUAUCUUAAAAACUACAGCUGCCAACCAAAUCCAGCCAUUCUUCCCAAUUAUAAUGGCUCAUAUGAACUGUGCAAUGACCCACAUAAAUGAUGGAAUUCAAAGUGAUUCCAUUGAUUUUAUGGAUCUUUGUCUUGAUUCAUUUCCAGAGAUUUUUCUAAAAUAUUGUGACAAAGUUCUCCACAGUUUCCUUGAUUUAGUUUCUCACAAUCAAACUUCUGUUUCACAUAAGAAAGGAGUGCACAACAAAGGAAAAUCCAAGAUGGUUGGCAGAGACUUGUCUACAAAACCCAGUGGCAAAAUGUCAACUCUAGCAGUAAAGAUAAGUGUAUUGGAAAAACUUCUGAAGAUAGUAUUACUCGUUUUUAAAUCAAAGACAAAUCCAGAUAACGAUCUUGCCAAAUCAUCAGAUUGUCACACUAAAAUAUCUGGAAAUAAAACAAACAUUUUUUUACUGAAGUAUGAGCUACUUGACUAUGAUAAAAAAGACCAGACAGAUGUUAGUGAUCAUUGCAAUGUCAUUAAUGAGAUAUCAAAUUGUGGCAAGAUGGUCAGGAGCUUGAUCCUUUCAUUUAUGCCUGUUCUUUUCUCUGUUUGGAAUGACUGCAACCCCUCAAGGGAUCAUGUAUCAAAUGCAGAGAAAGAAAACCAAGUGUUACUCCCAACAAUGAAGACAAUCAUCUUAAUAAUGAAAACCAUAGUGUCGUUUGUAGAAAAUGAUGAAAAUCUAGAUUUUGCCAAUUUAUAUUAUAAUGAUUUCAUCAAAGAUGUACUUCACUUUUUCCCAAUUGAUCUCACAACUACAGCUCAAAGUAAGCAUCUCAAAAGCUAUGACUCUAAUCAAGACAUCUUUUAUAUUAAUGUUGCUAUUUGUGAGAUUUCCUGCUGCAUGAUUGCCAAGAAGCCUAAAGAGUCAGUUGAAAAGUACUUUGAAUACAUAGUAAAGAUUGCCAAUUACAUUCAGUCAAAGUGUUCCAGUCGUGGAGUUAAAAACUGGACAGACCAACUUGCAGCUAUCCAAACAGUUUUGUGUCAUUUGGUUUCUUUUUGUAGUCAAAUUCCAGCUGAAAAUGUCAAGAUGAAAGAGUCUUUAUUUGCUGUUGUAACUGGGAUUGCUCAAAAUCUAAUGGCUGGAUAUAAAAUGUCAAAAAGUUGUACAGUCAAAUGCAAACUGUUGGCAGUUCUUGAGAACCUACUGAAAUUUAAAGAUUUACCAAAUCUAUCAAGGGUAAACAGGGAUCUUGUCCACACUUUAGAAGACUGGUUAGUUAUGUUACCAGGUGACCUACUUGCAAUGCCAGAUCCAAAGGACCAGAGUGGCUUAAAGCGGAUGAUGUCUCUCAUCACUUCAGUGAUAAUUCAAAAGAGAUCCCCUUUGAAACUGGUGGAUAGCCUUGGAAUUUCUAUCAGCCAUGUUGUGUGCCUACCCAAAUCAGUAUUUACAGAGUGUCAGCAUGAUCUAGUUCUGCAACGGCAAUUUUUAGAUUUGGUCUUCCACUUAGAUUGUGUCAGUAAAGAGCUUUCCAGAAACCUUGCCUUUCUUUGUCACCGUGAAGAGAUUGAUGACAAGAUAAAGUUUUAUGUCUGCCAUAUUCUAAGAUGCUGUUUCGAGAAAAAGGGAUCCAUAGCAUUUGAAUCUUUUCUCAGUUUCAUUUUUUCCAUCAUUAUUGGUGCUUCACUGUCCAGCCUAGAGCAGCUGCAGACUGUUGCCUCUUGUGAUUUCCUUGGCAGGGAAAGGCUUAAGUAUGUCAUAGCGGAGGAUCAAAUUGAACAAGAAAUCGUCAAGAAAAAAGACACAGUGUCUCACGAAAGGUUUUGCGUGGGAAUCCUAGACAUGCUGGUGUCAAUGGAUUGUGGAAAGGACGCUUUCGGAGUGCUUCUGUUGCCUUUAAGUAAAAUAUUGGAGAAGUGUAGAGUACUUCCAGAGUUCACUGUUGUUGGAAUUUUGUUACUCCUUUAUCGGAUUGGCAAUUUGGAAAGAGUUAUUCCUGAUGACCAAGAACAAGCAAUCCGUGAAAGAAUAACUGAGUUUCUUUUCUUCGUCAUCUUUAAUGAAAGUCGUCGCAAAAAGAGCUUAGGAAAAAACGGCAUCGAUAGGAGAACUGAUCUGGUGGCAUGCGUAUCAAAAGUGCUUGAAAUAAACCCCUGUUUAAUUCGAAGGAUAAUAUGCAUGGCCUCAACAGAACAAUCAGAUGGCGUAAUCGACGAUGAGCUGAUUGUUAAAAGCAUUUGGAAUAUGAAAAGACAGCAACACAUACAGGAUAGAGUCAAUAGUAUUUUGGAGGAAAUCCAGUUUGAAAAGCUAAGAACUCUUAUAGAUAAAAAGGCGUUGUACACGUUAUGAUCAAAUACAUAGCAUAUAUUGGUAUCAUACAAUAUGUCUGCACAAUUCUUUGUUGUGCGCUAGCUUUGUAUGACUAUAGUUUAUAAGAUCAUAGCUAUUAUCAUUAAACAAACUAAUGUUU